UUUUAUUUGUCACUCUAUACAUACAUUCAUACAUAUAUACAUAUAUAUACUUAAAAAAAAUAUAUUAUCAGUAGUCUAGAGUACUCUAGAUAAUUGUAAAAAUAAAAACCGUCCAGUAUGUCUACAUAAAUAUAUAAAAUAUUUACUGCUAUUUAUUUAAAAUUAAUUAGUCAGUUAAUUUAAAAAAUAAAUAAAUUACAAUGGCUACUUUUCAAGAAGGUUGUGUUUUCUGUAAGAUAGUUAAAGGCGAGUCGCCUUCUGACAGCAUCUACGAGGAUGACGACUUAAUUUGUAUAAAAGACAUAAACCCAGCAUCAGAUCAUCAUUAUCUGAUAAUCCCAAAGAAUCAUAUCGCGAAUGCCAAAGAAUUGAAACCUGAAGACGAACCUCUGUAUGACAAAAUAGUUGAUACUGUUGAAGUCGUAGCAGCACAACAGGGCCUUGAUCUUGGAGCAACUCGGACAGGUUUCCACUGGCCUCCUUUCAAUACUGUUAAUCAUUUACAUUUACAUGUUAUAUAUCCCGUUGAAAAAAUGGGAUUUAUUAAGCGACAAAUGUUUAAACCGAAUUCCCUGUGGUUUGUAAGUACUGAUUACGUGAAAUCACGCUUCAAUUUGCCGAGUUAAUAAAACAAUAGAGUAAUUAAAGUAAAUAAAUAAAUAAAUGAAUAUUCAACGAAUAUUGAUCCUAGGAAUUAGUAGAAUGGUCUAGAUCUAGGUCUAGGUCUAGCAUUUAAUUAAUUAAUUUUUUUUUAUACUUCAUUUACUUACUUCCUUAAUUAACUCAUUAAAUUUAAUUAAAUUUUGCCAUAUUGGAUAAUUAUUUAUUGAUAAAAGUAAAUUAGCAAUCUAUAGUAUGUGAUAUUAAUGAUUAAAGUUAAUGACUACUAUUUGUGGGAAUAAUUAGUCUGCUUGGGGUAAAUUUUUUCGUUAAACAUCCGCUGGCACUCUUUGCCCUGAGAAACUCGUAGUCAAAAAUCGCUUGGUCCUUGAGCUUUGAUGAGUAUCCAGACUUGGCGACAUGUAAUGCCCAUUUUUGACUACCGUAGGAUUCACAAAGUGCUCGUGUUCAAUUAUUCGGUUAUCGGAAGUGUCACUCAAGGAAGUGAUCGCAGAUUUGUAAAUGCUGACAUACUGCAGCUGAUUGUUUUAUUUUGUAAUUGUUUAAAUAAAAUAUCUUUUUGAAACUAAUUAUUUUUUGUCCAUUUAAUAUCUUGUCAGAUCUUUAAAUUUUGAAUUCAGAACAUCUUAUAGUUGACUUAGUUUUUAUUUUAAAAAUUAUUUUACAUUCUAGUCUUGCUUCAGACUUUCCAAAGA